AUGAAAGAGGCCGUUUUCCUUCAAUUUUUACUUGGAAUGUUCGCUUGCUUUAGUGUCUUCUGCGCCAAUGCAGAAGAUCCAUAUAGUUACUAUACUUGGGUUGUCACAUAUGGAACACGGGCUCCUCUUGGUGUUUACCAAAAGGUCAUUCUUAUUAAUAAUCAAUUUCCUGGACCUCCAAUUGAAGCUGUGACUAAUGACAACAUAAUUAUAAAUGUCAUCAAUCAAUUAGAUGAACCCUUCCUCAUUACAUGGCAUGGAAUUAAACAGAGGAGGACCUCAUGGCAAGAUGGUGUGCUUGGGACCAAUUGCCCAAUCCCUCCCCACUCAAACUGGACAUACAAAUUCCAGUUGAAGGAUCAAAUUGGAACCUUCAUGUACUAUCCUUCAACUUUACUGCACAAAGCCAUUGGUGGUUUUGGGGCUCUCAAUGUUAUGCAAAGGUCUGUCAUCUCAAUCCCAUACCCUGCACCUGAUGGAGAAUUUACUGUGCUUGUUGGUGAUUGGUACAACGCUGGCGACAAGGCCUUGAAGGAAAGGCUGGAUUCAGGCUUGGGUCUUCCUCUUCCAGAUGGCCUCCUUAUUAAUGGUGUCCGUAGAUCUUCUACUUUCACUGGUCAGAGAGGGAAAACAUACAAGUUUAGGAUUUCAAAUGUGGGUAUAUCAACAUCAAUCAACUUCAGGAUCCAGGGUCAUGCAAUGACUCUUACUGAAGUUGAAGGAAGUCAUAGUCUGCAGGAGGUAUACGAGUCCAUUGAUAUUCAUGCCGGUCAAUCUGUAGCGGUUUUGGUUCAAUUACAAGCGUCAGUUAAAGACUACUACAUCGUAGCUUCCACCCGUUUCACAAAGCCUAUUCUCACAACUACCGGUAUUCUUCGCUAUGGGGGUUCCCACACUCCAGCCUCUUUGCCAUUGCCUAUAGGCCCAACUUUCCACGUUCACUGGUCCAUUAAGCAAGCCAGGACCAUCAGAUCGAACUUGACAGCAAAUGCAGCUAGGCCUAAUCCUCAAGGUUCAUUCCACUAUGGGACAAUAAAGGUUGUGAGGACACUUGUUUUGGCUAAUGCAAAAACCAAGAUAAAUGGCAAGUUGCGGUAUGCCGUUAACGGGAUGUCCUAUGUGGAUCCAACCACUCCGUUGAAGCUUGCAGAAUGGUUUAACAUCCCUGGUGUCUUCAAAUUAAAUUCGAUCAAGGAUGUCCCUACUUCAGGCCCUGCAGUCCUCGGCGUCUCUGUAUUUGGAAUCACCCUUCAUGACUUUGUUGAAAUUGUCUUCCAGAACACUGAAGCCGCCAUCCAGUCAUGGCAUCUUGAUGGCUCUAGCUUCUAUGUUGUCGGAUAUGGUUCUGGCCAGUGGAAACCUGACUCAAGGAAACGCUACAACCUGGUGGAUGCAAUUUCUAGACACACUGUUCAGGUAUAUCCAACUUCCUGGACCGCAAUCCUAGUGUCAUUGGACAACAAAGGUAUGUGGAACCUGAGGUCGCAAGACUGGUCCAAGAGGUACCUAGGCCAGCAAUGUUAUCUCAGAGUUUGGAACAACGAAAAAAGCCUGUUUACUGAGACAGACAUUCCUCCGAAUGCACUACGUUGUGGCAAGGCCGCCCACUUAUAGAAACAAUAUUCUCAUUGGUGUAAUUUAUUUUUCUUCAUCAGCUAAUUCUCUAAAUUUUCCCCUUCGAUAUCAGUUACGAGGGUGUGACUGUUAGGAAGAAAAAAAAAUGGGGGGGAAGUUAGGCUUCAAAAGAGGGCAAGCAAAAAUUAUAGAUUUGUUGUGCUAGCUUGAUUACUUUCUAUCGUAAUCAGAAUAAACAUUUUCCUCUUCAAUCUUUGUGGCAUGCUGUUCCUCAAUAUAUCAUGGCCCAUGUGAUGCUUGAAAAGCAAGUUUCAUCCAGUCAAUAGCCAGCUCAUUCAACUGAUAAAUAUGCUGCGUGAAUAUGCACCCAAGUUUGAAAAAGUACAGCACUCAAUUUUCAAUUGAUUCUGCCGCAAACUCAGAGCGCAUAG